AUGGGCAGGAAACUAUUCUUCUCUUCCUUUCUCUGCCUCUUCUUCUUCACCAUUUUUUCCAUCGACUCAAAUUCAGCUACUUCUUCAUGUCCCAUAGAUCUCAGCUACGUCCAAACUGUGCCAUGGGACACAUCGCUGUGUCGUGAAUCUGAUGGAUCAGGACAUUGCUGCCAGACUCUUCUUAGUGUCUUUGGCAUGGGACUUGCCCAACACCUAAAAGAGACCUCGUUGUUUCAACUUCCCAAUGCAAAUGCCUCAUCUGCUUGUUUAUCUGAUUUUCAAGCCAAGCUUGCCGCUUUGUCGAUAAACCCAUCAUUAGUCCCUUCCUGCUUUAAGGACUCAACUCAAUUUGUUGCUAACACGUCUAGUUGUGUGGGAAUAGUUACUGCACGAGAUUGGAUUGAGAAGGUUGGUCCAAUGACCCCGUUAAACACGGCUUGCAGUGGUGAUUUUUCAGAACUAACGAGGUGCAGCUCAUGUCUUGAAGCAGGGCAGAAGAUACUUUCUCAGUUAACAAGUAUAGAUCCAAAUGCCACUUCUAAGUGCUUCUACUAUACUUGUUUAUAUGCUGCUGGAAUUGUGAGCAAGCUUGGUCCCCUAGAUGCAACAACAGCUGCUUGCACCCUAGCCUUGCCAUUGGCAAACUCAGGUACUAAAAAGCCAGCGAAGAGCAAAGAUAGGUUACUCAAGCUGGUAUUUGGGUUAUUGGGCGCUCUUAUUGGGGUAUUGCUUGCUUUUGGACUGAUCACUAUGUAUAGGAAAUCGGAGAAGAAGAGGAAGGUCAAUGCUUCGCAUGACAAAUUUGUGAGCAGUUUCAAGGCCAGUGUGCUGCCUAACUCUGGUGCAAAAUGGUUUCAUUUAUCAGAACUUGAACGAGUCACAAGAGGGAAGGUGAUUGAUACAUCAAAUUCUUCAUUCCUUUUGAUUACGGAUUGGGCGUGGACACUAGCAAAAUCAGGAAAGUUACAGGAAAUUGUUGACGAAUCAAUAAGGGAUCAAGGACCAAAAGGGGUAAUGGAGAGGUUUGUUCUUGUUGGCAUUCUUUGUGCUCAUGUAAUGGUAGCUUUCAGACCUACCAUUGCUGAUGCUCUCAAAAUGUUAGAGGGCGACAUUGACAUCCCCAGAUUACCAGAAAGGCCAUUGCCACUCGGUCAUGAGUCAUUUAGACCUUUAUGGCAUGACAGUUCACGCACAGCUGAUAGAUCAAGAACCAGCAGCUCAAGCAGGAGAAUAAUGUAG